AUUUAGCUCGUAAUUGAUCAGUCUAAUUCCUUUCUCUUAAGCCUUCACAGUCUGGUUUUCUUUUCUUUUCUCUCUCUUUUUAUCUCAAUGCAGAGAAUCAAACAAGAUCGAUCUUUUUAUUUCGAUCUCUCUUUGUAAAAAGAAAGAAGACCCAUCUUUUGGAUUUUCUCCAAACCUUUGGAAAAUGCGGGCUUUGAGUCAGCUGAUCUUGGGAUUUUUAGCACUCUUGUCGGUGGUUUACUGUGCUGUUAUUCCACUGGAGAGGGCUUUUCCUUUGAACAAGCGAGUUGAGUUGAGUCAACUCGUAGCUCGAGACCAACUCAGACACUCUCGAAUCUUGCAGGGUCUCCUUGUUGGUGUCGUCGACUUCUCUGUUCAAGGCUCCUCCGAUCCCUUCCUCGUCGGGCUUUAUUUUACAAAGGUGAAACUUGGAUCUCCUCCUAGAGAAUUCAAUGUGCAGAUCGACACUGGGAGCGACAUAUUAUGGGUCACCUGCAGUUCUUGCAUUGAUUGUCCCCAAUCCAGUGAACUCGGAAUUCAACUCAGUUUAUUUGACACUGCAAGUUCAUCAUCUGCUAGGCUGGUUUCUUGUUCAGAUCCAUUGUGUUUUUCAGAAUUUCAAACUACUGCAACUCAGUGCUCUCAGACUAAUCAGUGCAGUUACUCCUUCAAGUAUGGAGAUGAAAGUGGAACAUCAGGUUAUUAUGUAUCUGAUAUGUUGUAUUUUGACGCUGUUUUCGGACAGUCUUUGAUUGCCAACUCUUCGGCUCUCAUUGUGUUUGGGUGCAGCACAUAUCAGUCUGGUGACUUAACUACGACAGGUAAAGCUGUGGAUGGAAUAUUUGGCUUUGGCCAAGGUGAUCUGUCUGUUAUAUCACAAUUGUCAUCACGGGGUAUAACACCUAGAGUUUUCUCACAUUGUUUGAAAGGAGAUGGCAGUGGAGGGGGUAUAAUGGUUCUUGGUGAGAUUAUGGAGCCCAGCAUUGUUUAUAGUCCGCUUGUCCCAUCACAGCCCCAUUAUAAUUUAAUGCUACAGAGCAUCGCUGUCAAUGGACAGUUGCUGCAAAUUGAUCCAGCUGUUUUUGUGACAUCGAGUAAUCGUGGUACUAUUGUUGACUCUGGAACAACUUUGGCAUACCUUGUGCAAGAGGCAUAUGAUCCAUUUGUUAGUGCUAUAACCGCUAUUGUUUCAUCAUCUGUGACUCCCAUCAUUUCUAAAGAAAACCAGUGUUAUCUAGUCCCCACCAGUGUAAAUGAGAUAUUUCCUACGGUUAGUCUAAAUUUUGCCGCUGAUGCAUCAAUGGUGCUAAAACCAGAAGACUAUCUUAUACUCUCUGGUUUCUACGAUGGAGCUACAAUGUGGUGCAUUGGUUUCCAAAAGGUUCCGGGUGGAAUAACAAUUUUAGGAGAUCUUGUCCUAAAAGAUAAGAUAUUUGUUUAUGAUCUUGCUCGUCAACGAAUUGGAUGGGCUAACUAUGAUUGCUCAUUAUCUGUAAAUGUCUCUAUUGCUUCCAGUAAGGACUUCAUAAAUGAAGGACAGCUGAGUGUGAGUAGCUCAACGACAGAGAUGCUAUUCAAGCUUAUACCUUUGAGUUUGAUAACCCUACUAAUGCAACUCUUAGAUUUUGUGGAGUUCCAGCAAGGCAUUUGUGCCUUUUAGUAAGAUAGCAAAGGGAUCUCGACAAUGUGAAAUUCUUCUCUGGUUCGGAUUGCUUGUGAAUGGGGCACGACAUCUUCUCUUCUUCUUAUGGAACUUGGCCUUCUCCUUGUAAAGAAUCCUCCAUGUCCACCGUCCAACAUUGCUAGAAAUGUAUAUUAUCUAUCUGCCAGAUUCGAGGUGUUGUUUAGGUGUGUAAUAUUUUGCCAUUGGAAGCAGAAGAGGUACUCAAUUUUUCUUUAGAUUCUUCUCUGGUUCGGAUUACUUGUGUAUGGGACAAGACAUCUUCUCUUCUUGUGGAAGUUGGCCUUCUCAUUGUAAAGGAUCCUCCCUCCCUGUCCAGCAUUGCUAGAAUUGUAUAUUCUCUUCCUGCCAGAUUCUAGGUGUUGUUUGGGUAUGCAAUUUGUCGCCAUUGGAAGCAGAAGAAGGUACUCAAUUUUCUUUUAUCAAGUCACUACUUAGGUUUGGUUUAGGUAGAGAUGUAGAAAUAACAUUUGGUGUUUAAAGUCAAUUUUGUAAGCAUCAUUGUUUGUUUGGUAAUAUGAAAAUGUUCAUACUUUUUCAUUCUUUCCUUUUCCUUGUGGUUUA